UCACUAUUUUCAUUACUUUUUACUCUCACUUCAUCCUCGACCCCAACUUUCUCUUUCAUUCAUUUUCUUUCCUUUUUUUAUUUUAUCAUCUUUCUUCAUCUCGUUCUUCAAUCUUAUCUUUUUCUAGAAAACAUCACAAACCCAACUGUUCAUCUCUCUCAAUUUUUUUUCUCUCUAUAGGAUAGGAUGGUUUAGUAUGUUUUCCCCUUCACUUGAUUAUCCUUUUCUUAAAAAAAAAAAAUUGAAAAUCUACAUCAUCAAAAAUUUCUUUAACUAAAACCUCAGGAUCUCGGUAUCCCUCUCUUAUUUUUACAUGCUUGUGUUUUUAGGAGUGUGUUGAUUUUUUAGUUAUAUAUAUUAUUUUUGGGUGAAGUAUGUUCUGUGGCAAUCAACUCCCCCUUAUUUCCUUCCUCCUUUUUUGUUCUGAGUUUUACAUUUGUUUUUGGUAAGGGUAAAAAGAUUGGAAGAAGCUCGCCUGAGAUGACUCCUUCGCAUUUUGAUAUUGAGAAAGGGUGUGCUGAAUUUGAGCAUGGGCUUUCCUCCUUCCAAGAGAGAAUGACUUCAGACAAUAGUGACUUGCCUACAACUGUAAAAGAGAGAAUGACUUCAGACAAUAGCGACUCGGCUACAACACUAACAGUUGUAUUUGAAGUUAAAAUAGAAGUGGAAAGUUUUAAAAUUUUCAAAGUACCUCGUCGUUUACGUGAAGUAAAUAAAAAAGCCUACGAACCAAAUGUGAUUUCAGUUGGCCCCUAUCACUACGGUAACCCAUAUUUGGCAAGGAUGGAAGAUUUCAAAAAGUGCCAGUUUGAGAAGUUUGUUGAGAAAUCCCACCUUGGUCUCAACCAAUUUCGAGAGGCAAUGAAACACUUGAAAGGAAAAACUCGCAAAUGCUAUGAACGACCUCUUCCUCGUGUCCUUGAAGAUGAUGCAAAUUUUGUAGACAUGAUGGUGUACGAUGGUUGCUUUGUUGUACGUCUAAUCCUGAAGGGUUAUCUAGAUGAUUUUAGUGAACUGGGACGACAUAUUUAUGAUGAGAUGCUCCAGGAUUUAUUAUUUCUAGAAAACCAGCUUCCUUUCUUUGUCCUUUUGAAGUUGUAUAGCAUGAUAAACCCAAAUCCUGGACCUAGAGGACAUUUUAAUGUCUUGGCUACAUCUGCUCUUGAAUUUUUCGGCAAAAAUUCCUUCUCCUUACCCAUAAAUACUACUAGUACCAGGCAUCUUCUACACUUGGUACAUUCUACUUUCCAACCUUCAGAAAUCCGAGAAAAAGUAGUAAAAGAAGUGCCAUGCUGCGUUCCAAAAAAUACUAGUAUCAAGCGCCUUCUACGCUUGGUACGUACUACUUUCCACCCUUCAGAGACCCAAGCAGAAGUAGAAAAAGAAGAAGAGAAACUCCAAAGCUCACGGAACUCGAUGCCUAGCGCAACAGAGCUGGAAGAUGCAGGAAUCCAUUUAUUAAGUGUCCCUAAUCCAGAAAUGCAAAACCAGGAGAAAUGGAAAGAGUGCAUGUUUGGUAUAACGUUUGACAAUGGCACCAAAGAACUCAAGAUUCCAACCUUACAAGUCGACGAUUUCACAGAGCGUUUGUUUCGAAAUUAUAUGGCCUACGAACAAUUCUUCCCAUGGGAUUUGCCAACUUACUUUGUUGAUUAUGUGGUAUUCAUAGAUGGUCUCAUCAACACAAGCAAGGAUGUGGAGCUACUCCGUAAAAGUGGAAUUAUUGAUAAUUUGCUAGGAAACGAUGAAGCAGUUACCCAAAUGUUUAACAAAUUGUGUGACUUCAUUUCAUACAACGACAAAGGCUUUUACUAUAAGGACAUAGCUAGUCAAAUGAACGAGCAUUGCAAGAGAAAACGGAACAUAUGGAAGGCAAAAUUGAAGAAAGAUUAUUUUAACACUCCCUGGUCACCCAUAUCAUUUCUUGCUGCACUUAUCUUGCUCCUGCUUACUGUACUACAAACUAUAUUUUCGCUUCUUUCUUAUUAUCACCAGAGGCAGUAAGACUACCGAAGACAAAGUGUAUGAUAUCAUGUCGUUGUCGCCUUUUUUUGGUGCUUUCGACUGUUGAUCAGGGGGUUGACUUCCGCCAUAUGGGAGUUUUUAAUUUCAAGCAACAUUUGGUGACUAUGCUUUAAAGGUGUUAUCUUGUUUCUAAUGUAAUUUCUAGACUUACAUAGUAGUGAAUUUGUGGAUUUCUCUUUUCAUGUCAUUUAAUUUGAACUGUCUAAUAAUUAUCGGAAUUCUAAAUAAAUAAUGAUUAGAGAUCUUA